GUCGGCCUUUUCACACAAAACUCUAAUCAUCCUCUCUCCGUAUUUUAGAUGACAUUAUCCAAAGGCUCAGUUAGCACAUAACACUCUUGCAUUCUUGAUCCAAGUAUGAAAUCAACUUGCGCCUCGGAAUUUUAGGUAUUGGGUUAUAGAGAGAAAGGGGGAGCACUAGUGAUGAAUAUUGGAGUUACAGAUCGAAUGUUUGCUGCAAGCAUUACGAGGUAUCCUAUUCUAAACUUUUGGGACCGGAAUAGGGCAACAAACUUUAAGUGGAUACGUUCUCAAUUGGUUGCCUCACUCAUUUCAUUCCGUAAUAUCAUUGCAAGAUUUUCAAGACCUUUCAACACUUCGUUUCCAUACCUAAGUAUCUAUUCAAUCUAAAUUUAUGAGCACACCAAGCACUUCAAGUUUCGAGGCCAUAAACCGUCCCAAAUCAACCGCCUCAAACCAACAAAGGGUAUUGUGUUAUAAACCGGAAAAGAAUACAAUCACUCAUAAAUUCAUUUUUUAAUAUGAUAACAAUGGAACGAAAACUACCAAAACUUUGUGGCACCCGUCCGAUCGACGCACUCCCUCAAAUAACUCAUGGCAUGAAUACCCAAGACCCUGUAAUGUCCCUGAAAGAGGUCCUAGCAGCUAUCUGUUACCCACCGUGUAAGUGCAGUUGAUUUUUGCUUCCUUCAGUCUGUACUUGCCGAUCUUAUCGUAGAUGGAUUCCUAUUCCCACUUCCCAAUGCGGUUUUUAAUUCCUCAUCGCACUCCAAACUCUUCUUUGACAAGCUAUUACUGAUCUCCUAAUGCUGCAGGUACCUGCGCCGACUUUGAACAGGGCUUCUACACAGCUAAUGAGCAAAUGCAGCCUGGCUGGUUUUAUCGACGUUCACUAUCUAAUGAUGAAGCAAAACAAAUCGCUGCCUCCUACAUAAACAAUAUGCAACAAGAUCGCAAAUACCUAACAGAAAGACUCACCUUGUGCGGGGAUAUCGUGCUCCGCCGGUGGAAAAAGAAAAGCCAAGACAAACGUCAGUCGCUGCUACUUGAAGUCAUUCCAAAUAUUUGCGAAAAGAGGUGGAUCAUUCUUCGGCUUGGCUUCACUCCUGAAGGCAAGCAGAUUCCUCCCAUAAAUAGUAACGGUGAGAUGGAAGCCAGGUCACCAGACACGCGUCAUCAUCUUCUCCUGCAGUGGUUUAGUUUGGAGGUUCUCAAAACAAACCCUGCCGUCCUUUUUGCCUUGCUGCACAAUCGCACGGUUUACAGUCCUCAGGACUGGGCCUCUUUUGACGCACGACAGCUUAAUAUCUCUUUCCCUUGCGGAUAUUUUGACUUCGACUUUUCAGCCGAAUGUGUUAUGAUGCAAGGUUUAAGGUACGGCGAGGUGGUGGAUUGGAAAGAUUGUCUAGCACAUAGAGCGGAUAUUCUUGGGUUCCCUAAGGCACGCCUUGUCCUCGAAGCCCAGGCAUAUCUGAUGAGUUCACUGCGCAAGAUUGUUGAUGGCAUACUUCAAGGUUUUGAUACGAAUGCAUCACCUGCAGCUGAAAAGUGGAAUUCCAUGGUAUUAAUGGGAUUCAGGCAUACUAAUGUGGUGAAGUUGUGGUCACCUUACACUAACCAGGUAUUUUCAUCACCUCCAUCAUUCUCUAUUAGCACACUGAUUUCUUUAGCUCAAACACGAUUAGAAGCUACGGUAGAUCACCUUUGGCUAUUGCAGACGGAACCAGCAUACAUGAAAUUUUUUAUCGUGAAUAUGUGUCAUGGAGGGUUUUAUGAAUCGAGUAAAGAUAUGGGCCCCAGUUGGCUAGUUGUACGUGGUAUCAUUGAAGCCAUCGAAUCUUGUUAGGCCUGGGGCAGGUUAAAGAAUGAAUGUGAACAUGUCAAAUCAAUCC